GGAGGUGGGAGACGAAGACAAGGCGUGCGUGGUGGACUGCGUGGUGUGUGGGGACAAGUCCAGUGGGAAACACUAUGGGGUGUUCACCUGCGAGGGCUGCAAGAGCUUCUUCAAGAGGAGCAUCAGAAGGAACCUCAACUACUCCUGCAGGAUGCUGCCCCUUUAAGACAAUGGCGUACCAAAAGAGAUACUGACCUGUCAACAGUAGGCUUGUCAAGAUCAACGCUACAGUGAUUUUUAUUUUGCUUUCAACAGUAGCCUCCACAUUGUUGGUAUGUUCACUAUUGAAUGUUUACUUUUGUAAAUCACUUUGCCUAAAUGAAAUAAAUUCGGCGAGUAGAUUGACGGGCACUUCUUUUUGCUAAGGACAGCUCACCUUUGCUGUGUAAACGUAGCUAUAAACGUAGCUAUCAAUUUACGUAGCGUAUUGCUCAGUGCUCGAGAAAUUGUGAUACGCAAGAGCGAAGUGGUGCUUGAAUGAAUAGCCAAUCAUAUUGCUCAGCAGUGGCUGCUCGUCAGAGAAGGAAGAGGUGGACCAUGCUACUCAGUGAAUUUCAAUAUAAUAAAAAUAAUGAAACGUAAAAAAAAAGGUUUCCUUUUUAGAUACAACUAUACUAAAUAUAUUCACGUCACCAAAUAACUGAUUAAAAUACACUGUUUUUCAAUGAAGGUCUACAGUAGUCUCAACAGCAUUCUGUAGGGCAGCACCAUGGGUGGAAAAAGUACCCAAUUGUGAUACUUGAGUAAAAGUAUAGAUACCUUAAAGAAAGUGACUCCAGCUAAAGUUGAAUUAAUCAAGUAAAAUACUACUUGAGUAAAAGUCUAAACGUAUUUGGUUCUAAGUAUACUUCAAUAUCAAAAGUAAAUAAAUUGCAAAAAUAUACUUAAGUAUUAAAAGUAAAAGUAUAAAUCACUUACUGAUGGCACCAUUUUAUUGUUUUUAAAAUGUAUGGAUAGCCAGGGACACACUCAGACAUCAUUUACAAAUGAAGCAUUUGUGUUUAGUGAGUCCGCCAUAUCAGAGGCAGUAGGGAUAACCACGUGUUCUCUUGAUAAGUGUGUGAAUUGGACCAUUUUCCUGUCCUGCUUAACAUUCCAAAUGUAAAGAGUACUUAUGGGUGUCAGGGAAAAUGUAUGGAGUAAAAAGUACAUUCUGUUCUUUAGGAAUGUAGUGAAGUAAAAGUAAAAGUUUUCCAAAAAAUAAAUAGUAAAGUAGAGGACAGAUACCCCAAAAAACGACUUAAGUAGUACUUUGAAGUAUCAAUGAUGUAGCCAGAGAACAGCAAUUUUCCAUCCUCCUCUGGGCACAUUGACUUCAAUACAAAACCUAGGAGGCUCAUGGUUCUCACCCCCUACCAUAGACUUAUUGAGUAAUUAUGACAUUUUCCAGAGGACGUCCUCCAACCUAUCAGAAAUCUUGCAGCAUGAACUGACAUGUGGUCCUUCUGUAGCACAGUUGGUAGAGCAUGGCGCUUGUAACGCCAGGGUAGUGGGUUCGAUUCCCGGGACCACCCAUACGUAGAAUGUAUGCACACAUGACUGUAAGUCGCUUUGGAUAAAAGCGUCUGCUAAAUGGCAUAUAUGUUGUCCAUCCAAUCAGAGCAUCAGAAAAUGAAUCUAAUACUGAAAGCAUAAGCUACAGCUAGCUAGCACUGCAUUGUAUAAAAUGUGGUGAGUAAAUGGCUCAAAGAGAGAGAAAAACAAUAGUUGAACAGCUUUGAACAAAAACAUUUAUUUACAAAUAAAGGAGAAGUAGCAGAGAGAGAGAGAGAGAGAUACACUACAUGACCAAAAGUAUGUGGACACCUGCUCGUGAAACAUUUCAUUCCAAAAUCAUGGACAUUAUUAUGGAGUUGGUCCCCCCCCGCCCCUUUGCUGCUAUAACAGCCUCCACUCUUCUGGGAAGGCUUUCCACUAGAUGUUGGAACUUUGCUGCGAGAACUUGCUUCCAUUCAGCCACAAGAGCAUUAGUGAGGUCGGGUACUGGCGUUGGGCGAUUAGGCCUGGCUCGCAGUCGGCGUUCCAAUUCAUCCCACAGGUGUUCGAUGGGGUUGAGGUCAGGGUUCUGUGCAGGCCAGUCAAGUUCUUGCACACCGAUCUCGACAAAACAUUUCUGUAUGGAUCUUGCUUUGUGCAUGGGGGCAUUAUCAUGCUGAAACAGGAAAGGGCAAAGUUGGAAGCAUAGAAUUGUCUAGAAUGUCAUUGUAUGCUGUAGCGUUAAGACUUCCCUUCACUGGAACUAAGGGUCAUAGGCCGAACCAUGAAAACAGCCCCAGACCAUUAUUCUUCCUCCACCAAAUUUAACAAUUGGCACUGUGCAUUUGGUCAGGUAGCAUUCUCCUGGCAUCCGCCAAACCCAGAUUCGUCCGUCGGACUGCCAGAUUGUAAAGAAUGACUCAUCACUCCAGAGAACGGAUUUCCACUGCUCCAGAGUCCAGUGGCGGCGAGCUUUACACCACUCCAGCUGACGCUUGGCAUUGCGCAUGGUGAUCUUAGGCUUGUGUGCGGCUGCUUGGCCAUGGAAACCCAUUUCAUGAAGCUCCCGACGAACAGUUCAAUGUGUUGACGUUGCUUCCAGAGGCAGUUUGGAACAUGUUGUAUCCGAGAAACAGACAACUCUUACGCUUCAGCACUCGGCGGGUCCGAUCUAUGAGCUUGUGUGACACAUCCAAGUAUAUAUGACCAAAUUUUUAAUAGACAAAAAUUGUACGUUUGAAUUCCGUAAAGUGAGUCCGGAAGAGGUGAAAAAAAAUAUUGUUGUCUAUCAACAAUGACAAGCCAACAGGAUCUGACAACUUGGAUGGAAGAUUACUGAGGAUAAUAGAGGACGAUAUUGCCUCUCCUAUUUGCCAUAUCUUCAAUUUAAGCAUACUAGAAAGUGUGUGCCCUCAGGCCUGGAGGGAAGCAGAAGUAAUUCCGAUACCUUAGAGUAGUAAAGCCUUCUUUACUGACUCAAAUAGCCGACCAAUAAGCCUGUUACCAACCCGUAGUAAAGUUUUGGAAGAAAUAGUGUUUGACCAGAUACCAAUGCUAAUUUACAGUAAACAAAUUGACAACAGACUUUCAGCAUGCUUAUAGAUAAGGACAUUCAACAAGCACAGCACUUACACAAAUGACUGAUGAUUGGCUGAGAGAAAUUUAUGAUAAAAAGAUUGUUGGAACUGUUUUGUUAGACUUCAGUGCCGCUUUAGACAUUAUCAAUCGUAGUCUGCUGCUGGAAAAACCUAUGUAUUAUGGCUUUACAUCCCCUGCUAUAUUGUGGAAAAAUAGUUAUCUGUCUAACAGAACACAGAAGGUGUUCUUUAAUGGAGGCCUCUCCAACAGAAUCCAGGUAGAAUCAGGAAUUCCACAAGGCAUCUGUCUAGGCCCCUUACAUUCUUCAGUGUUUACUAACGACAUGCCACUGGCUUUGAGUAAAUCCAGUGUGUCUGUGUAUGCGGAUAACUCAACACUAAACACAUCAGCUACUACAGCAACUGAAAUGACUGAAACACUUAACAAAGAGCUGCAGUUAGUUUCCGAAUGGGUGGCAAGGAAUAAGUUAGUCCUAAAUAUUUCCAAAACUAAAAGCAUUGUAUUUAAGACAAAUUAUUCACUAAACCCUAAACCUCAACUAAAUCUUGUAAUAAAUCAUGUGGAAAUUGAGCAAGUUGAGGUGACUAAACUGCUUGGAGUAACCCUGGAUUGUAAACUGUCAUGGUCAAAACAUAUUGAUACAAAAGUAGUAAGAUGGGGAGAAGUCUGUUCGUAAUAAAGAGCUACUCUACCUUCUUAACAGCACUAUCAACAAGGCAGGUCUUACAGACUCUAGUUUUGUCGCACCUGGACUACUGUUCAGUCGUGUGGUCAGGUGCUACAAAGAGGGACUUACGAAAAUUGCAAUUGGCUCAGAACAGGGCUGCACGGCUGGCCCUUGGAUGUACACAGAGAGCAAACAUUAAUAAUAUGCAUGUCAAUCUCUCCUGGCUCAAAGUGGAGGAGAGAUUGACUUCAUCACUACUUGUAUUUGUGAGAGGUAUUGACAUGUUGAAAGCACUGAGCUGUCUGUUUAAACGACUAGCACACAGCUCGGACACCCAUGCAUACCCUACAAGACAUGUCCCCAGAGGUCUCUUCAAAGUCCAGAACAGACUAUGACUACAUGGAACUCUAUCCCACAUCUGGUAACUGAUGCAAACAGUAGAAUGUGUUAUUGGAGUAGGGGCCUGAGGGCACACAGUGUGUUGUGAAAUAUAUUAUGAAUGUGUUGUAAUGUUUUUAAAGUUGUAUAACUAUUUUAAUGUUGCUGAACCCCAGGAAGAGUAGCUGCUGCCUUGGCAGGAACUAAUGGGGAUCCAUAAUAAACCCCAGGAAGCGUAGCUGCUGCCUUGGCAGGAACUAAUGGGGAUCCAUAAUAAACCCCAGGAAGAGUAGCUGCUGCCUUGGCAGGAACUAAUGGGGAUCCAUAAUAAACCCCAGGAGAGUAGCUGCUGCCUUGACAGGAACUAAUGGGGAUCCAUGAUAAAUACAAAUACAAGUCGAAUCGAGAAUGCCAGAUAGACCAGCAUCACCGCAACCAGUGCCAAUACUGCCGGCUGAAGAAAUGCUUCCGUGUUGGCAUGCGCAAAGAAGUCCAGCGUGGACGUAUCCCUCCAUCCCACUCAGGCAUCAGUCCCACUUCUUUGGUCGGCGGAGGUGGUGGUACUGGGGCCGGGCCAGUAGGGGGCGAAUUCUUCAACGGCCAGCCUGUGUCUGAGCUCAUCUCCCAGCUGCUCCGUGCUGAACCGUACCCCAGCAGCCGCUAUGGUCCCCAGUAUGGCCAGCAGCAGCAGAUGCAAGGUGCUGGAGGAGGAUCCGUCAUGGGCAUCGACAACAUCUGUGAGCUGGCGGCACGCCUCCUUUUCAGCACCAUCGAGUGGGCCAGAAACAUCCCCUACUUCCCUGAGCUGCCCGUCUCUGAGCAGGUGGCUCUGCUGAGACUGAGCUGGAGCGAGCUGUUCAUCCUGAACGCAGCCCAGUCCGCCCUGCCUCUACACAUGGCCCCACUGCUGGCCGCCGCCGGCUUCCACUCCUCGCCCAUGUCAGCAGAGAGGGUGGUGUCCUUCAUGGACCAGGUGAGGGUGUUCCAGGACCAGGUGGACAAGCUGACCCGACUUCAGGUGGACUCGGCAGAGUACAGCUGCCUCAAGGCCAUCGCCCUCUUGUCUCCAGAUGCGUGUGGUCUGACAGACCCCAUCCACGUAGAGUCUCUGCAGGAGAAGGCCCAGGUGGCUCUGAUGGAGUACGAGAGGAUGCAGUACCCGGGUCAACCACAGCGCUUCGGCCGUCUGCUCCUCCGCCUGCCUGCCCUCAGGGCCGUGCCCGCCAACCUCAUCUCCCAGCUGUUCUUUAUGCGCCUGGUGGGCAAGACGCCCAUCGAGACCCUCAUCAGGGACAUGCAACUCUCUGGGAGCUCCAUUAGCUGGCCUUACGUCCCUGGGCAGUGAGGACAGGAGCCUGGGACCCACAGGACCCUGGAGGAACCUGGAAAUUGGAACCCAGAAUGGGAUGGAGAGGGAUUAGCCACUGAUGUCAUUAAUGUCUAAAUUCUUGAGGAUUUAGUAGAGGAGGACUAUAUUGCUACUCACUCACACAGAGUCAAACACUGAGCUUCCAGUGAAUGGAGCUGGAAUCACACCAUUGGUAGUUUAGCUGUCCGUGUAUUCCAAGGAAAUUAUUCAUUUGUCUUGGAGUAUAUUUCCUGAUCUGUAUCAUGACCUCUCUGAAUGACCUGUCUGAAACACAGAACAGGGUUCUAGAACACAGAACAGGGCUCUGUAACAGAGAACAGGGCUCUGAAACACAGAACAGGGCUCUGGAACACAGAACAGGGCUCUGAAACACAGAACAGGGUUCUAGAAUACAGAACAGGGCUCUGAAACACAGAACAGGGCUCUGGACCACAGAACAGGACUCUGUAACACAGAACAGGACUCUGGAACACAGAACAGGGCUCUGGAACACAGAACAGGGCUCUGAAACACAGAACAGGGCUCCGGAACACAGAACAGGGCUACAAAACACGGAACAGGGCUCUGAAACAGAGAACAGGGUUCUGGAACACAGAACAGGGUUCUAGAAUACAGAACAGGGCUCUGAAACACAGAACAGGGCUCUGGAACACAGAACAGGGUUCUGGAACACAGAACAUGGUUCUAGAAUACAGAACAGGGCUCUGAAACACAGAACAGGACUCUGGAACACAGAACAGGGCUCCGGAACACAGAACAGGGCUCCGAAAAUACAGAACGGGGCUCUGAAACACAGAACAUGACUCUGGAAUACAGAACAGGGCUCUGAAACACAGAAUGUGGCUCUGGAACACAGAACAGGCCUCUGAAACACAGAACAGGGCUCUGAAACACAGAACAGGGCUCUGAAACACAGAACAGGGCUCUGAAACACAGAACAGGGCUCUGAAACACAGAACAGGGCUCUGGAACACAGAACACGGUUCGAGAAUACAGAACAGGGCUCUGAAACACAGAACAGGGCUCUGGAAUACAGAACAGGGCUCUGGAACACAGAACAGGCCUCUGGAACACAGAACAGGGCUCUGGAACACAGAACAGGCCUCUGGAACACAGAACAGGCCUCUGAAAAACAGAACAGGGCUCUGAAACACAGAACAGGCCUCUGAAACACAGAACAGGGCUCUGGAACACAGAACACGGUUCGAGAAUACAGAACAGGGGGCUCUGGAAUACAGAACAGGGCUCUGGAACACAGAACAGGCCUCUGGAACACAGAACAGGGCUCUGGAACACAGAACAGGCCUCUGGAACACAGAACAGGCCUCUGAAAAACAGAACAGGGCUCUGAAACACAGAACAGGGCUCUGAAACACAGAACAGGCCUCUGAAACACAGACUCAAGGCCCAGUGCCACUACUACCUCUGUCCCCAUGGCGCCCCACGCGACUCUGACCCCAGGCUCUGUGUGGCUCUCUGGCUGCUGUGUUAGGCCCCUGGGUUUCAUGUGGGACCCUAUUCCCCUUAGCUACAGUGCAUAGGGCUCUGGUACUCAAACGUAGUGCACUGUGAAAGGAAUAGGGUGCCAUUUGAGAUUCAGACACAGGGAUUAUGAAGCCACAGCCACAUACUGCCAUUGUAUUGUGUUUUGUCCUGAGCUGUCUAUUCAUGUAAAUCGUUGAGUUUGAUUUACUCUCAUGUUGAGCUUAUAGUGUAAAAUGUCAUGUGUACAUUAUGCAAAUGUGGUCAUGUUAAAUCUCUGAAUGUUAUGCAAAUAGCGGGCUCUCUCCAUAGUAUAAGCAAUAGCAUACAUGCUACAGUACAUGCUAUGGUGCCCGAAAACUUGCACAAGCUAGCAGAGGUGAAUGUAUAGGGGGCUAGAGGAAGGCUAGGUGGAGCCGUGACCGUACUGCUUAGACCUGAAGGGUAGGGGGCUAGGGGAAGGCUAGGUGGAGCCGUGACCGUACUGCUUAGACCUGAAGGGUAGGGGGCUAGGGGAAGGCUAGGUGGAGCCGUGACCGUACUGCUUAGACCUGAAGGGUAGGGGGCUAGGGGAAGGCUAGGUGGAGCCGUGACCGUACUGCUUAGACCUGAAGGGUAGGGGGCUAGGGGAAGGCUAGGUGGAGCCGUGACCGUACUGCUUAGACCUGAAGGGUAGGGGGCUAGGGGAAGGCUAGGUGGAGCCGUGACCGUACUGCUUAGACCUGAAGGGUAGGGGGCUAGGGGAAGGCUAGGUGGAGCCGUGACCGUACUGCUUAGACCUGAAGGGUAGGGGGCUAGGGGAAGGCUAGGUGGAGCCGUGACCGUACUGCUUAGACCAGAAGGGUAGGGGGUUAGGGGAAGGCUAUGUGGAGCCAUGACCGUACUGCUUAGACCAGAAGGGUCGGGGGCUAGGGGAAGGCUAGGUGGAGCCGUGACCGUACUGCUUAGACCUGAAGGGUAGGGGGUUAGGGGAAGGCUAGGUGGAGCCGUGACCGUACUGCUUAGACCAGAAGGGUCGGGGGCUAGGGGAAGCGGUUGCUUUCAGGUCAGACAUUUCAUGUGAUCGUCAUACAAUGUAACUAAAGGUACAGACCCCUUUAAGGACUAAAGGGUAUGCUGUGUAUUAACAGUAAAACUACGGUACAGUGCACAAGGCUAUGUGCAUACUCUUAGUGAUAUUGGCCUGGACUGCAAUUUCAUGUGACCAUGCUUCUUUUUUUUUCUUUUUUUUGCCAAAUGACUUACUCAGAGUGGACGUAUGAAUACUGAAAUCAAAGAAUCUGUUUUACUCUGAUGGGAUUUUGACUAACGACUUCAUUGUGUAGUUCUACAUAAGAAUAAGAAGUUUUUAUUGCGAUGUCAAACCAAAAUGUAAAGAAAAUUGCUACUGCUGACCAUGGCUAUUUUUGCAUUACUAAAAAUAAAGUAUAAGUACUCUUA